CCAGCUGAUUUUGGCGGUCUUUUGCACCCCAAAACGCCGCGUCUCGAGAUCCAGUUCGACGGCCAAAUUGAAUCGGAAAAAACCCUCUCCGCCUGUUUUUUUUUUCUUUCUUUCACCCGACUAAGGCUCUUCUCCAACGCGGGCUACCGGUGAAACACCGAGAAGCCAGUUGACAGUGGCGGCGACGACGACGACGAACAGCUGCCGAUCUCCUCUCUCUCGGUCGCGCGUGCUGGACACAGGCGGCGCUGAAGUUCUUCGGACAUCUGAAAGGUCGAGUCGAGUCUUUUGGAAAAGCCUGGGCUGGGUUCAAUUUUCUUUCUUCGUUGGGUGAAAAAUUAGGACAUUGCCAGAUUAGGGUUUGCUUGCUUUGAAAUUAUAAGGGAUUCCGCAUUCGUCCAUCUUCAUUCGUCCUUCUUCUGUUCAGUUCUAGUGACUUAGCUGGAAAUGGGUCGCCAUUCGUCCGAUCAUUCGAUAUCCCCAGACAGAGACCGAGGUCGGAGGAGCUCCCCGCCUGCAGAAAGGGCAGCAGCACGACACAGAAGUUCCCGCAGAGAUGUUUCGCCUUCACCAGUAGCCCGGCAGAAGAAGAACUCACAUCGGGAUGCAUCUCCAUCGCCGAAAGAGAAAAGACGUGUCCAUACUAAAUCCCCUAAUGGUGAAAGGUCUGCUUCUCUUUCCCCACGUUCUAAGAGAUUAAGGCGAGCACAAGCGGAGAGAGAGGCUGAUAAACUGGGAGAUGGUAGAGACCAUGGAAGGAAUCGUGGCAGGGAAAUGGAUAGGGGUACCCGUAAGGACAGAGAGGGUUCGGAUGUGCCCGAAAGAGAACGUGAAAGAACUCGUGGCAAAGGAGGUGCACAUCGGGAAAGGGAAGCUCACAAGGUGAUUGACACGGAAAAUGACAAAGACCAUGGGACUGGAGGUGAUAAGGCUGCCUAUAAAGGCAGAGGUACAGAAGAUAGGGAAAAUCGGGGCGAGAGGAAGGAGAGGAAGCACGGUCGAGAUGAGAUGGACCGAAAAUCGUCUAGAGAUAGACAUGAGCGUUCACUUUCUCCAUCUGAUCGGCACCACAAGAGAAGAUAUGGAUCUCAGUCACCUCAAAGAGCUGCUCAGAAGAGAGAACGGGACGAGGUCAUUAACUAUGGAGGAGCGGACGGAAGGAAUAGCGAGGAUGAUUCUGUAGCUAAGAUGAAGGCGGCUGAAGAGGCCUUGGAAGCGAGCCAGAAACAAAAACCAUCAUUUGAGCUGUCUGGGAAACUCGCUGCAGAAACUAAUAGGGUUCGAGGUGUCACUCUACUGUUCAAUGAGCCUCCAGAGGCUCGAAAACCCAAUAUAAGAUGGAGGCUUUAUGUUUUUAAGGGUGGCGAAGCGCUGAAUGAACCUCUCUAUAUACACAGGCAAAGUUGUUAUCUUUUUGGUAGAGAGAGGAGGGUGGCAGAUGUCCCUACGGACCACCCAUCCUGCAGCAAGCAACAUGCUGUUAUUCAAUUCCGGCAAGUAGAAAAGGAACAAUCUGAUGGUACUUUAUCUAAGAAAGUAAGCCCUUACCUGAUGGAUCUUGGAAGCACUAACAAGACUUUCAUCAAUGAUAAACCCAUUGAGCCCGAGCGUUACUACGAACUUUUCGAAAAAGACACAAUCAAGUUUGGUAAUAGUAGCCGAGAAUACGUGUUAUUGCACGAGAACUCAUCAGAGGUAUCACCAAGUCCUUGAGGACCUAUCUUUUUUAUUAUCAGCAAGCAACGAGGUGUAUUUUGCGGAUUGUUCUUCUGGCAAUCGAGGAGGAACUACUCUUAAAAUUGUAAAUCCUUUGAGGACGUUGAGAUCUGGUGUCGGAUGUUCACGAUCUUGCAAGAAUCUACAAGCAUUGUAAUAGAUUUCAGUACCAUGCUUGCAAGUAGAUAUUUAGAACUUAGAAGUGGUUUGGUGCAAUUCUAGAUACUCUUUUUGCGGGAAAGCCUCAUAUUUGGUAUUUGCAGAUCAAGUCUUCUAGGACAGUGGCGUGAGUGAAUUGUGGAACGAGGAUUCGAGCUCGUUUUGUUACAAGUGGAACUGAUUAGUGCAAAAUUUGGUUGAUAAGUUUGAUCUAUAUUUUGGCCUUGCAGACGAGGAAACCGUUGACGGUUUAUGUUGAUGUUAUUUGUUAGAACUCGGAUGAUGCAAAUCCUUUAGAGAAACGGAAUUACUCGACCUCGACUCUAGUCGCUUUACCCUUCAUCAAGAA